AUGCAUCCCUUCAAUACUCUUACUGUAUUUGCUACUAUCAUCACUAGCACAAUGGCGCAGAGUACACCAGCACCGCCCCAAAUGACUUUGAUCUAUCACAUGGAAGCAGACCUGGGGGAACGAUUUUCGCUAGGCUCUAUCCCAACGGGGCAAGAACGCAUUGUCAUUCCUAUUGUUGGGGGCACGUUCAAAGGACCUAGGAUUUCUGGCAAAGUCCUUAACCUUGGUGCGGAUUGGCGCCUGACGGACGCGCAAGGAAAGUUUCGACCAGAUGCUCGAUACAAUAUUCAAACCGAUGACGGUACAUAUAUUUAUGUGCAGACUGAAGGCUUGCCCCCUGCAGUGGAUGGCGCACCGUCAAUGUUGCGAGGAAGAUUUGAGACGAGCACAAACGGAACUGCUGCGUGGUUGAAUGAUGUGGCUGCUGUUGGCGUCAUAAGAAGGAACGGCACGUCCAGUGUGUUGAUCGACAUGUGGCAGAUACAUCGCAUCAUGAUGAUGGAUGCGCAACAAUGGCAAAUCCUACCAUCCGAUCUGGUGGAGCUUCAAAUUGGCCAGGUCGACCUUUUGCUGGCUAUGUACCCUGAAGAAACUACUUUCCAUGAAAAUUCUCAAGGAAUACUAGAUAUCUUGCGCGACACCGAUGAUGUCAGGUCUAGAAUCGCUGUCAAACUGACUCCAAGUAUCUCGCUCUUCCUUGAUCUGCCGAUCACAAUUGCCGAAGAAGCCGCUUCAGAUUCCAAGUCGUUGCGCUUAGACAUCGGAGUACCGUUUGCGUACAGUGGGAACAUUGCGCCUUCUGAAUCACCAUCGGUUAGAGUUCGUGUGCAACAACCGAAUUGGAUGAGCAAAGCUGCGACCUCACAGUUGACAGCGGAUAUUCCGGAAGAUGAAGACCUGUUGGGUACCAUUGAGUUCAUUCGAGAAGCGGCAGCCGAAUACCUCGCAAAUAUCGAGACGAAGGAUAUUACCCUAGACACCGCCACCGUGGACUCCGGACCGCUGGUAAGAGUGUGGUUCUAUUUUCCGUCGAUCAGUACGCGUUCCAAGCGCGACGACUUCAUCAAGUACGCGCCGUCCUACCAGCUAACCGGCUUCCUCUACGCUGGCAAACCCGGUCUACUCUGCGUCGAAGGUGGGUCGCAAAGCAUCGAUGACUAUAUGAAGUUCAUCAAGACGGAAAGCUGGGGCGACAUACCCGCGCAUCACAAGAAGGUUAGCGAGCGACAUCGAGAAGAGUGCGAAAAGAGGGUGUUUCUAGACAUGACCGAGAUUACAGAUACGGUUGGUGAAAGACGCGGUCAAAGGGCGAACAGAGGGGAUAUGAAGGCGAUUGAAGAGUGGCUUGUGGAAAGAGGCCUUGGUGACGCUUUUACCAAGGUUUUAAUGUAG